GUGCCACCUUUCUCCGCAGGGGCUCCUCACCCCAGCUCAGCGUCACGUCAGGCCCCCACGCUUCGUUGGACAUUUUCCGGCCUGUGUGCAGUCGAAUCGACUGGCGUGACAUUCUCCAUCUUCCAAUGCCAUGAUUUCCUCCUUGUUUCUCCUCCUUGGUCUUGCGGUUCAAACCGUGGCAGAAUCCUAUCAGCCGGAGUCGAGAUGGGCGCAGGCAUCUGUCGUUAUCCAAGAGUCUCUUUACGUUCAUGGUGGUCUCUCCGACCCAUAUAACACCUAUUCAUACACUUCAGCACCAGAGACGAACCAACUUCUUCUCCUUGAUCUCUCAUUCUCCUUUAACGCAUCUGCGCCUCCAUGGUCACUCGUCAGUGUCACCAAUUCACCAUCCCUGGGUUGGCACACCCUCUCAGCUUUCAACGAGUCCAUGUCCCUCCUUUUCGGUGGCCAGCCAGGCCCAAGUUCCCCAACUGUAUUAACGACCCUUAACGAUUCAGCCCAGCUUCUUAUAUCAUCUAAUCGCUCUUACCCAUCCUUUAUCGACGAGUCCCAGAACUGGGCCGAUGAACCAAUGCGGAGAAUUCAUCACUCUGCAUCGUCAACUAACGGUCUUAUUUGGAUCAUUGGCGGAGAGGAAGCAGAUGGGUCCGGAGAAGCGUUCGCCGAGCACUAUGUCUUCGACCCCGCCACCGUUAUGUUCACUUUAUUGCCAACCGAAAACGCCCCACCUGCGAUAUAUGGUCAUGUCUCUCUGGUUCUUCCGUCCGGGACCCUCGUUGUUCUGGGAGGUUACAAUACCGCUUCAAGCCAACUAGUACCUUUGGACACAAUAUGGCUGCUCGAUACCACCCAGGCUACUCUGACCUGGAAAGUUAUCACCCUCCCAUCAAGCAACUCUCUCCCAAACCCUCGCAGAGACUUCGCAGCAGUAGUCAUUGCCUCAGGAGAGAUUCUGAUUCAUGGAGGCGGUGACGCGACACUUCAAAGUACCUACGCCGACGGCUGGAUAUUGCAUACCUCAGGUAGUACGGAUACCUGGUACUGGGAGGCCGUAGAAGUACUCGAGCAGAUAGGUCCGAGGAAGGAUCACUUUGCUGCUUGGGCGGGAGGCUGUGUUGUCUUCGGUUUCGGAUACACAAGUUCCGGGCCUGCACCGGCCGCGCCCCUUCCGGUGUACGAUCCGACAAGCAGUGUCAUUUCGCCGUCAUACACACCAGCGCCUUCUGGGUCUCCGCCUCCUACAACAUUGCCCCUUCCAAGCCAAACACCCGGCCCAGUCCCCACUGCUGAUCCAGGUGGAGGUGGAAGUGGAGGUGGGAAUGGUGGAGGCAAUGGAAGCGACGGUGGAGGUUCUGGUUCUGGCCAAAACGUUAAAUCUCGCCAGGCAGCCAUAAUUGUUGGCACGAUCUUCGGUGCUCUCGGGAUCGCAGGCCUGCUCGUCGGUAUAAUAUGGUUCCUCCGUCACCGUGAGCGCAGGAGGGGCGAAGGCUGGGGUGGCGGCCGAGGAGGAAUAGGGUGGCUGACCAGCCCCGCGAAAGGCGGUGAAGGUCGAUUCUACUUGCUGGAGGGCCCACAUGCCAACGACGGUCCCAAUGCUACUUUUGAUGGUGCAUCCCAGCUUACGAGGGACCCAGCUUCAGUUCAAAGGAAUGUUUCAAGUACUUCAGCCCCGGGGCUGUUGUCACGAGCAGCCGCACCAAUAGCCGGUCUGGCGGCACUGGUGUACAGCUCCCUUCCCAUCCAUCGGCAACAAGCGGUCCCACUGGCUCGUCGCGAUAUGUUUGCAGAUGAGGACGCGUAUGCCUCAAAUCCUUUCAUUGGUUCGGCCGGCUGGCGAUCCCGUCCCCUGCUUACCAGACGGGAAGGUAGUGAAGGCACCGCCUGGAGCCUCCGUUCUGUCGGCGCUGCAGUUCGCGGGAUUAUGUCCCGCGAGCCAAGCACUGGGCACAGUGAACUAGGAUAUGGAGAGAAGUCGGUAGAUGUGUACGGAGAGCAUAUUCCAGAAGAUAGUAGCGACGGCGAGGCGUCUCGGCUGAUUGCCUCCGAUUUCAACCCAUACACCGCAGCUUCGCUUGAUCCUUCGCACCCCAAGCAGGCAAACAAACCUACGUGGGCAUAUACGGACCCGUUCGCGGACCCUACGGAGGACGAACAAGAUGCACAGCUUCUGACCGCAGAUAUCACUACCAUGAACAACUUGUCAUCCUCCAGCGUUGAUGAUCCCAACCCCACAGCUGAAGGCGUGUCAAGGGAUGCAAAUGGCAGACCCCACCCUCCACCGCUACGCACUCUGGCACCAUUCUCCGUGGAGCCGCACACUCUCAGCCCCCUCAGAGAGAUGUCGUAUAGAACGGGAGGCAGCUCGGACACAUCCCAUACCUCUUCUGUAUUCUCUCAUUCACUGUCGAAUCCACCUUCGCAAGGACAUAGCAGCAACCCCCGUCAAUCAUACGUUAAUACCCCACAUACCUCACUUAGCUCUGCGACCGGCGCCGCAGCAUCCGCGGCACUUCAGCGGCAUACAUCCAUACUCGACUCUGCGCCUCCCCCGAGUCAACCGUUACGUCGCUCUGAUACAUGGUGGACAAGGUUUGCUCGCACGCCUCUGCUAGACAGGCGUCUCUCGCGCUCAUCAGGCGGCGGUGGCCCCUUUGAAUUCCGGGAUCCUAAUCCUGCCCCACCGCUAAGUGCGAUAGAUGAGGCGUCCAAGGCCUCGGGGUCACCUGACUCGCCAGAGUCGCAGGUACAGAGAGGUGGGAGCGGUGGGAGCGCAGACAGCGCACAGUCGCGGAGGGGUGGAAACCACAGCCACGGUGGUUCCCUGCACUCUGGGCACACUGCCGACAGCGCAUAUUUGGGUGGCGCAUAUGAUGUUGUGCAGCGUUUGGCGUCAGAAAGUAGCAACUCGCGGCGCACAGGAAGUACAGGCUCGACUGCUACUACCCAAACUGGAGAGUUUGGCGCCAGAAAGCAGGGGUCGGACUCGUCAAACCCGCAGUCGUCGAGCUCCCAGUCGAAGCAGCCUACACCGCCUCCGAAGGUGCCUACGCCACCCUUCGUCAUGUCGCCAACGCGGAUCGCCGAUGAACCGCGGCAGCCCACCCUGGCGCAUGUUGCGUCGCCACCUAAACGAGUCAAGUCGCCAACAAUCGCUGACCGGAUAUCAAACUUCGAGGCACUGGGCAGGAAUGAUCCACCAGGUGGUGGUGGUCCUCGCAACACCCGAAAGCGCGAGGAGGUCCCGUCUCGGAACCGGGUGAGUAUCCAAUAUGGCCUGGCGCCACGGGCGCCGCUGUUUGUUGCGAAUCCCAAUCCCCCCGGUGAACCAUCGGAGUGAUGGGUUAGUUGAUUUAAACUAAAUCAAAAGAUACGAUAUCGGACCCUUGUUUUACUGCUUACCCUUUUUUGUUUGGCGUAACGAUUAUUCACUUCUGCAUUCUUCACGACCACACACGACCUUUUUUUCAUGUAUACCGUUCUGAUUCUUAUUUCACGGCUUUGAUGUUGAGCUUGCCUGCAUGUAUGACCUGGACGAUGGACUUGCAUUGGACUCUAUUAGCUAGUAUGAUUGUAUUGUUA